AUUUGUCAGUAUUUGUCACAAUUGACAACUGACAUUGGCAAAGUAAAUGUUGGAAGCCGAAUUUUAGUUAUUUUUAUAAAUUACAUGUAUAAUAUAGACAAGUAAACUUAAAAUGCAAUAUAAUUAGUCGUAGGUUUCAGUGGUGUUAGUGAUCAAAUGUUCCGUAUAAAAUCAAAUUGGGCGAUACAGUUCCUGAAUGUCAUUCUCAAAUUUUUCUCAGUCCUCAGCUAUGGACAUUGAUGGUCCUAGUCCUAGCAGUGGACCUGGUACACUAAAAAGAUGCUCUAGUGCUCCCAUGAUUAAUGAAUCUACAAGUGUAAUGACUACCAGCCCGUCCUCUUCCAACAGAGAGCUGCAGCCCUUUUCGUUUGGUUCGUCGCAAAUGAGGACUAGAAGAUUCAGUGCUAGUUUUAGCCAAGUGCCUGGAUCACCCGUUCUUGGUCCUCGGCUGACACCUCGAAUCAAUCAACUGCGCCAAGAGGAACAUGAGGGCAUCAGCAAUACACGUGAAUUGGCACACGAGCGGGAAAUCCACCACGCGAUGCAAAUUUCCCAAUCCUGGGAAGAUCUCAGCCUUAUGAACGAUUCGAACGAUACGGCAAAGAAUAACCGUUUAGGAUCUCUGCAGUUGAAUUUACAAGUUGGAGGAGGAAAUAUUUUUACGUGUAAUUCACCUUCACCCACCAGAAUGGGUUUCCAGAGUCCUACAAGGUCUCGGACGAUUGUAAGAAGAAGUGCUAGUCCAGUUCUACGUCCCAGUCCGUUAGGAGUUAAACGGAAACUAGACGAUGUUGAUUAUCACCUUAGCCCGCGAGCAAAGAGGGUCUAUAGUUACUCAGGUGGAGCUGAAAGGGGAGGAUUGCUCACCACUAUAGGUACUUCUCAUCCCGGAUCUCUCAGCUCCGUCGGUACUCCCGAAUCUCUUUCCAGUGCAGAUUCUCCAGGCUUUAACAACUUCAGAAAUAUCGACAGUCCUUCACCGGGUCGUGCAAUGCCUAUCGACUCAUUAUCUUUGUCGAAAAACGACCAAGAAAUGUCGGAGAGUCCUAGUUAAACUGAGGUCAAUUAUUUUUAGGUUUUAUUGUUUUUGUUUGCGCGUUCGGCUGGAACCGGUGCUGCCGUAUUUUAACGAACCCUUUUAGUGCAGUCAGUGAGGGUAUUUGGCUCCGAAUUCCUUCCUACUGCAUGGAUUUUAACACAUUGCCUGCCACAGGCCUUUCUCAAAAAGUUUCAUGAGGCGCCACACCAAAAAAGUUGUUCAACUCCUGAAGGCCAUGUCAGACAGAUAUGACUGACGGAAAUUUUUACGGUUAAGCCACGUCGGUCAUAUACAGAGCUGGGCCAUGACUGAUAAAUUGUUACCGAGUACAUUGCUCAAAAAAAGUACUCGGAGUACAAUACUUAAAGUACAAUUACCCGAAUUUCUCGAGUACAAUUACUUAUUUUGAGUACAUUUGAAUAUAGAACCCGGAAAAAGGUAAGAAGGUAAUAAUUAUCUCUGCCUCUCUAAACAUAUUUAUUUAUGAGUUAUGAAAACAUAAAACAACGUACAACUCCAACUUAAAUAAAGAAAAUAAGAAUUUUAAAAAUUGAUCAUUGAUUAAUACAAUAAAACCUGUCAGUAACGGCCACUAAAAAUGAAGGAACUAUUGGCCCAUAUAGAAAGGUGGCCGGUAUUUCCAGUUUUUGUAGUCCACAAAUACAUAAAAGAUAAGUGGAACUUUGUUUAUUUUGUUAAUAAAAGCAAAUAUAAUUCUAUACAUAAACGGAAACGUCGGAAACUACUAAAACUACUUUAAUAUCCUAAUAUAAAACAAAGCUAUACUACGGAAAAAACAUAUUGAUGUUAAGCUUUUUUAAAGAAUUUUUCAACUCACUUUUAUUUUUUUAUAUCCUUUGAUAAUUUGAGUUUUUACACCAUAUUUUUCGGCCAACUUUUGUGAAUUGUAAUCAUACUUAUAAAUAGUGACAAACGUUUCUCUUUUACAACACUUUUAGGACAUUUUCUUAUAGGAUUUUAAGAACCUAUUGUGACCACCGACCCGAUGAAGGUUAAUCUCCUGUUUAGGUAAAUACAAUAAGUCCUAAUAAAUAUUACUGGGAAUUUCCAUCAACAAAUAGACAAAAUUAUUUUGCCUAACAUUCACAUUCAAUUUCUAUAAAAUGGGCUUUAAAAAUAUGUGAUUAUUUGGUCGUAUUAUAAAGGUGACCGUAAAUAGCAGGUCAUAAAUAAGCGAAUAUACAUAUAAUUGGUUUGCGGAAUUUUGAAACAGGCCGUAAGUACAGGUGGCCGAUUUUGGCAGGUGGCCGGUAACACAGGUUUUACUGUAAUCAGUGUAACACAGUUCCGAUCUUCUCUGAGAACCAAUCAAAUGCCUGUAACAAGGCUUGCAAAUACGACGAAUUUUUUGUCUUUGGUCAAUGCAUGUCCUGUUUUUAUCAUGGGUUCUUCUCUUGGUUCUAUGUUUAACAUUUGUUGAACCAGCUGUUCUCUGAACCUUCGUAUUUGCAUGGCAACUAAUGACAUGGCCUCUACAAAAAUAAGUUUUCGGGCAGGCCACGUCGGUCACAAUUGGGUGACAAUUUUAAAUAAACAAAACUAAUGUUUUUUAUUAUGCAAUAAUUUUUCCCUACGAAGUAAAAACCUUUCCUUUUUUUGCUGUGGCCUCCCACUAACUUGAUUCGAAAAUGCCUGUGGCCCCCCAGUGAAACAACGUUGUCAUUCAUAAAUGACUGACAUAGCAUACAGCAAAAAAAUUCUGUCAGUCAAUUUUGGGUGACGUGGCAGGCAAUGUGAAAUUUCGGGAAUAGCCUCUAGUCUACCUCUUAGUAGAAAAGUCUACCCUAUGCCGAUGUGCGUAAGUAAAAACUGUGUGUGUGGGUUCACAAAGAGGGGAUGGCAUUAGAAAGUAAAAACUGUUCUCUAAUUUUUUUUUUGAAAACUCAAUACUUUUUGAGUUACCUAUUCGUGGUUAAAAAUUUGCAGUUACCUUUUCGGACGGUUUUUUUGCGAAUACCUUAAAAAUUAUACAUCUAACGAAAAAAAUAUAUAAUAAAACAUUUUUGUAGCUUAUGAUAUUUUUGUAGCUAAUGUAUUUUAAGGAAAAUUGAGAAGUAUAUUUAACCUUUUAUCCACCAGAAUUGAAAUCCAUUGUUUUCCUUCUACAAUACUUUUUAUUAUAGUGUUAUUUCUAUGUUCAAAAAUAUGUAACUCGAAAAUUAUAAGAGGUACGAAGAAAAGAUACAGUACAAAAACGUAGGGUUUUUUCAGAUUACAAUUUUGUUGUGUCUUUCAUUACUGCAUCUCUUUAUCAUUUUUGAGUUACUUGGAGAAAAAGGAAGCUUUUUAAGAUAAUUUAAAAAUGCACUCUAUAAUUUAAUCCUAUUUUUUUUAAAACUAUGCAUUUUAAACCCGUCUAACUUUUUGAACAUAUUAAUAACACUAUAAUAAAAGGUAUUGUAGAAGUAAAACGAUGCAUUUAAAUCUGGUGGAUGAGGGGUUAAAAAUUAUACUUCUCAUUUUAUCUUAAAAUAAAUUAGUCAUCAAUUUUUUAUGCACCAUAUAUGUCGCUUCGUUGGAAUGUAAUCAACAUUUAACAGUGCUUGUUUUAACUGUGCACAUACCGUUAACAUACCGAUUUGAGUGAGUAUGCACCAAAAAAAUCUCUUUUCACCUACCAUAUCUCUUCUUGUAUUAUAACUAGAAGAUUUAUUUAGAAACGAAUCUCUUUGAUUUUUCAUAAGCUACAAAAAUAAUUUAUAUAGUUUUAUUCGUUAGAUGCAUAAUUUGUAAGGUAUUCGUAAAAAACCGUCCGAAAAAAUGACAUUUUUCAAAGAAAAUGGAGAAUUUUCAACCAGGAAUAACUCAAAAAGUAUUGAGUUUUCAAAAAAAAAUUAUAGGACAUUUUUUGCUUAGAAUUAGGUUCUCUAGAUACUUCCGUGGUUAUUUUGACCAACAAAUUUUCCACCCCCGAGCAGGUAUGGGAACCACCCCCAAGAUAAAAGCGGACAUCGGCAUAGGGUAGAUUUUGAAUUAGAAGAUAAGUAGAGGUUAUUCCCAAAAUUUCGUUAAAAUCCAUGCAGUAGGAUUGAACUUGAACCAUCUUUUUUCUGCUCUCAUUGACUGGCGUAUUUGGGGUUUCCGCGUGAUGUGCCAAUUUUGUUAAAGUUUAUUAUUCAAAAACAAUUGAUAUUAUUAAAGGAACACUUGCCAGGCAGUUUUACGACGAGAAUAAUUUGAUUAGGUGCAACUGUGAUAUGAAGACAGUAGGAUACCGCAGGAUUCUAUUAGAAUGUAGUUCCAAAAUGGAAAUAUCGGAUGACUUGCCUACAGAAAUUACGCUUGAGGGUGGAUCAAAUUCAAACGAACUUUUAAAUAUGCCAAAUAUGUUUAAAAAUAUAUUUUAAUAUAUACAUUUUUCAAUACCUUCUCCAAGAAUCGUGUAUCAUUUUAGAAUUGUUUGAAACUAAUCGCCCAUUAACUUCGUUUGCAUUGGAGAACGCUUACUAGCGAGGGUCUCUCAUUGUGGAAUAAUAUGUCAGGAAGGAGGUCACUUGAUGUCAGGUCCGGCCGAUAUCAAAUCACAGCUAGUUUAAGCUAAUUUUUCUUUGUGAUUCUACUACUAGUCCAGUGCGAAUCUGUUUUGAGGUGGAUGUGAGAGGAGGCAUUCUGAUUUUUGCAGAAAAAAGUUGUGUGAUAACUUCAAUAAAAAUAAUUGACUUUCCGUCUCUCUCCUAAUAGGAAUAUUAACACAAAAAUGAAAUUUUUUUAAGAAUGGUUACAAACAUACUUUUUUCUACUUUCCUUGCUUAUAAUUUUGAAAUCGAUUCAUUUUGGUGCAAACUCGUAAUGAUAUAAAAUGGCAAUAAUUAAAUUCUCUAUAAAAUAUGACUGGCUAAAAAUCAUUCAAUUUAUUUGCCUUGAUGCAAAGUAACAAUUAACACAAAAAAGGGAGAAAACAAGCCUUUUCUUAUUCAAUGUUUUUCAAGCAAUCAAGAUCUUCAUAAGUCGCAUAAAAAUCUUUAUAAUAUAAUACAUUAAGUUCACCAAAUUUCUUGAGAAUCGAUUCAAUAUAUUUCGCAUAAUAAUUUUGCAAUAUAAAUUAAAAAAAUUGAAAUUCUUUAAAAUGUUACACAACAAAAACUAAACCAUAUAAAAGUUUGCCCAUUUUUUUAAAUAUAAAAUUACUCGGUCAUUUUCUAAAAUUAUCCACAAUUUUUUGGCUUAUAAACAAAUAACGGUAUCUCGGUAACAAUUGAAGUGUUUAUUUGAAAAACAACAGAUGUCCAUUUUUCGCAAAUUCGACUUUAUGUAUUCUUCUCAUGGAAUAGUAGUUUCUUUAUUCAUCUGACAUAUUCAGUUGUGUAAAAAUCUCAGAUGUCCGGAGUGAACUACAUAGAACAUUUGGAUAGUAUUAGAAAAAUAACAGAUGUCUGGGAAGUUUUUCUUGAUUUGCCAAAAUUUUAAUUUUUGGACAAAGUGUUGUUUUUCAAAUAAACAAUUGUUUUUCAAAUCUUCAAUUUUGAAAAUGGCAUUGCAAAAGACUCAGAAUUCUCCUAAAAAGUUUAAUUGCGAGCAGUGGUUCCUGAGAUACAACCGGUCAAAGUUAACCGAUAUUUGUAAAGUUAUAAACAAUAGGAUACCACGGGAAUAAAAGUAAAUGGCCGACCAAUCAAUAAUAUACGGUUUGCCGACGACACUAUUUUAUUAGCCGAAUGUCUUGAAGAUUUACAACAAAUGGUUGUAAUCACAAAAGCUCAACAGCGCCAAGAAAGCAUAACAAUACAUGGAGAACAAAUUACAAAGGUUGAAAAAUAUAGAUAUUUGGGUACAAUAAUUAAUGAAACUAAUGAGUACACAGAAGAGAUUAAAGCAAGCAAGAAAUGCUUUCAGCAAACUGAAAAAAGUACUCUGUAGCAGGGACAUUACAAUUUCUUUAAAGAUAAGACUUCUGAGAUGCUACGUGUUCUCCGUAUUGUUCUAUGGGUUGGAGGCUUGGACAUUAAAGAAGGAUGUUUCGGACAGAUUAGAAGCUUUCGAGUUAUGGGCCUACAGAAGAAUAUUAAGAUUAAGUUGGGUGGAUAGAGACACGAAUAUCGAGGUGUUGAGAAGAAUGGGAAAAGAUAAAGAGGUUUUAAAUACAAUGAAAGUCAGAAAACUGCAAUAUCUGGGACAUGUUAUGAAGGGCGAGCGUUAUAACUUGUUACAAUUAAUAAUACAAGGAAGAAAAACAGGGUAGAAGGAGUCGCGGAAGAAGACGCAUCUCCUGGUUAAACAAUUUGAGAGAUUGGUUUAAUUGCACUUCUUCUGAUCUCUUUAGAGCAGCUGUAUCGAAAGUGCGAAUUGCCGUAAUGGUUGCCAACCUUCUUAGAGGAGAUGGCACAUGAAGAAGAAGAAGAAACAAUAGGAUGGUAAUCUUUAAACCAUUACCUCUCUCCUUCGGAGCUUUCUCGAUAAAAAUUUUCAUAUCUUAAAAUACCAGAAAACUGGACUGAAGAAAAUUGAAUUGUCCAAAAUCGAUAUACAUAAAA